AUGAGCUCUGGUCACAAUACCGGCAAAGAAGGGGACGAGAUGUUCCUAAACUCGCCCUCCUGCCAUGAACAGCCGAUUGUCUCGCCUCUUCGAGUUGCAAAACGAGGCACUCCUUCACCUGCUCCCAGCAGCUCGUCGAACCCCCAACCAGACCGUCAGGGUACCGCUCAGCCAUCGGUAUCCCCACUGCCAUACCCUGACGACCGAAGGGCACAGGAUCAAUCAUGGAAUCAGAACAACAGCUCUCAGCAGAGCGACUCGAGAAAGCCCAGCCAAACAACCUACUCACCUGCCUCACUCUCUUCACCAGCGUCUAGUAAUGCCGAUAUACCUGCAGCCCUAAAACCGCAGGAUAGACGUGAUCCCAAGCAAGCCCAGUCCAGCCUUGCGGAGAGAAGAGGUGCCGCUGCGCCAAAACAGCUGGAGUCGCCAACAGCCGAGAGCCCUGACAAGGAAGGCCUCUUUCAGCGUCUCCCACAGAGAGCGGCUCCUCAACAGCCGAGUUCUUCUGCCCAGAACAACAAUCCAUCGGUUGUUGUGAAUCCAUACCCGGAAUACCACCAGCAGUAUUGGCCUCCUCCUACACAGUCUGUUACAUCCUCUAGCAAUCUUCAAGCGCCGACUAGCUCUAUAAACCGAAUCGAUUCGACUGCCUCCACUUCUACUACAAAGGCCCAGCGCGGUUCCCCUCCGCCGCCAGAAACCCCGAUAGUUGGGCCUGGGCAACAGCCGAGUUCGGAUAUUGAGGCUCGUUACGCCGCUUCUGGAAUUGCCGGCGCAGCAACUCUGAGCAGCAUUCAUGCUCACAAUCAUGCGGCACAGCAAAGAGCGCAACAAUACAGUGGUAUUCCAGGAAGAAGCAAUCCUCCAACUGUACAGCACGCUGCAGUUGCACCACCGCGUCCAUGGACGCCAACUGAACAACCAGGAACUGAGCCCCAUGGUCCUCCAAGAAUCUAUCAAGGUGACUCGGACGUCACUCCAGUCCCAGUGACCGAAGGACCCUCCAGCCAAGUAUCCAUGGCACCACAACCUAUCACUACAGCCGUCACGGCUCCUACGAGUACUGCCACUACUACUAAUAACCACAAUCAUAAUAAUAAUCCGCAGGGCCAACUGGAGGAUGAUUUCCAAAGACUGAAUAUGACCGCGUCCCCGCCGCCAGCAUACUCAAGCGUAAUGGGUGGACAGAAUAUGGCAUACCCUCAAGAAAAGCAUGGUGGGCCUACCGCUCAAUAUCCACCUAUCGCAGGGUCCGUAGCGGUCAGUGGCCCUCCAUCUGUAGCUGGCUCGCAGCCAUCAAUACAAAGCCAUCCUGCAUUCGCAAAUGACUCCCGUCAAGCACAUACCGGAACUCCAAGUCAGCAUAACUUCCAAGCCGGACCAUCUGCGUUUCCGUCCUCAUCGAAGCAGAGCGAACCUUCUUCGGCACAUCCUGGACCUGGGCCAGCUUCUCCGCCUCCACUUCCAGAAGGUUGGAUAGCCCACUUGGACCCCAAUUCUGGUCAAUACUACUACAUUCAUUUGCCCACACAAUCCACUCAGUGGGAAUUCCCCAAGGGUCCCACGCCGCUUAAUCUAAAUGAGACACCCAUGUCUCCUGGCCACAGCACAUUUGGUGGUCACGGACUAACAUCUCCUGGACUCUCCUUUGCAAAACCCUUGGCCUCUCCAGCUCUAUCUGCAUUUGGACAACCUUUAGCAUCUCCCGCCCUGUCUGCCUUUGGUCAGCCUAUGCCUUCCCCAGGUUUGCCGAUGACUCCUGGAUACGAAGGAAGUGUUAUGGGGAUGAAUAGUGGCUUUGUAGGACCACCGCCUGCAAGCGGCGUAGAAAUGUAUAAAGUUGCCCCCACUAACGGUGUAUAUUUCGGUCCUUACUUGCGGUAUACCAACAUGGAUAUGGAGCGAGGCCUUUGGCUGGGCUCCAUUUUGCUUGUGACUGAUGCAUCGCAGCCUCCAACAAUCCAUAUACACAAGAGCACCGAUCUAUCGCCAAACCCAAGACAGCUCCAACCAGCGCGCAUUGCUAGCCACCAACGAUGGAUAUUUUAUAAAUAUAGUAUUGACAUACAAAUGGAUGACAACUCGUCUCACAAAUGGACAUAUGCUAUUACCUCCCACCUUGGCUGCACUCGUUACGAAUUCUUAGUCGCCGGACGACAUGAAACAGCAUGGAGGGUUGUGGCCACUUCAGGCAAUGACUUUGCUUUGAACAUAAAUGCCAACGAAAGAUCUCGUUUGGGUGGGGUGGGCUACAUGUGGAAAGAUAUCAUGCAAAAGCACGUCGAAUGUGGCGGAUUCCAUGCCCAAUUGUGCCUUGGAGGGCAGAUCAACGCUGACCGGCUGUGGAAGGAGGUCCCUUCUCUCAAGCAAUGGCUUGCUAUCAGCGGUAAGGAGGCUAGGAAAAAUGCACCUUGGACUGCUGCACUGGAAGAGGAUGUAACCCAUGCCUAUUUCCAUUACUAUACCAGCCAUUUUGACCAACCCCAUUUAAGGGAGGCUUUCGCUCAGCUGCCUCAUAUUUCUCAGGUCGACGACCAUGACAUUUUUGAUGGCUUUGGCUCAUACCCCGACCAUAUGCAGUUUUCAAACAUGUUCAAAAACAUUGGCCGGCUUGGAAUUGAAAUGUAUCUCCUUUUCCAGCACCAUACCACCCUAGAGGUUCUACGGCACGUCGUAGAUGACUCUGACCUGUUUACUAUCACCGGAACCGGUUGGCAUUUCAUUAAAUAUCUUGGCCCUGCUAUUGCGGUUGUCGGUCCUGACUGCCGCUCCGAGAGAAGCCCUCACCAAGUGCUUGCUGGUCCAACAUAUCAAGGCAUUUUCCCCAAAGUUGCAACCCUCCCUCCCAGUGUCCAACACUGCAUAUGGAUGGUUUCAGUACCUCUGGUUUACCCGCGCCUAGAAUCCGCAGAACAUUUCGUCCAGACUGUUGCUACCGGCAAAAAGGCUGUGACUGGAGCUUACAACAUGCUUGGAAGAGUCACGAGCUCUGUUGCUGGUGUUGUCGGUGCUAAGAGUGCGGUGGGCUCAGGAUUUGACUCGGUUAAACGAGCUGUGGGAAAAUCUGGCCUAAUGGGCAGUGUGCUGAGUCCGUUUGGUGAAAUUGAUAUUUUCGAUGAGCUGAAAGACCAAUGGACCCAUGAAUCGAAGGACCUGGAGAGAACAUAUCUUAUCCGCACCCUCCAAGGAAUUGCACACCAACGAAGUAUCAGAAUGACAUUCCUCUCUGGUGCAGUAAACUGCUGCGGAGCUGGACUCGUUCACGACCCUUCACACCCAACAGAUCACAAAACAAUGUACCAAAUCAUUUCUUCUGCAGUAGUCAAUGCUCCUCCCCCCUCAUACAUUCUUAAACUACUCCAUGGAAAUAACAAACCUCUCUACAUACCCACAAACGGCCAGCGAUCAGUCACCGCCCAAGUCUCAGAUACAAAGGAGGACAUGAUGGAACUUUUCCAAACUGAUGUUUCUGGUCAACCAAGAGAACACCGAAAGCUUAUGGGCAGAAGAAACUACGUUGCAAUCGUUGGAUAUGACCCUGAUGCAGUUCAAGCCGCAUACAGUGGUAUGCAAUCCCCCAUGUACCCACCGAACAACUCUGCCACUGGCUCGUUUCCGAAAUUGAGCCUUGCAGUAGACUUUUUGGUACAGGGAGAAGGUUCGUUUGGCAAUGUGGUUAAAUUUGGCCCUGUUAUCGUUCCUAGCUUGGAACUGGGUAGGUAA